AACGGUUUGGAAGACAAGUGAGCAGUCAAAAUACCGUACACAGACGCACAAUCAGACCACCCCAACUUCGGUUUAUCCCGGACAGGAAAUGAUAGAAAGCGGAAUUACUUCCAGGAUGUCAGGAAUUCUUGGAAAUUCAGGACAAAGUCACCACCCAUCACCACAGGACUUCAGGUUGCUGACCACAGAUCCAUCCCAGCUGAAUGAGGAUGACCUCCCAGGGGACCUGCAGUCUUUGUCCUGGCUCACCUCUGUGGAUGUACCACGGUUGCAGCAGAUGGCUACAGGCCGAUUAGACUUCAACGUUGCCUCACAGAACAACCUGCUGGAGCAGCAAACAGCCCAGCUGAACAAUAUGAAUGUGUCUGGAGGACAGGGCACCAUGAUUCACCUUCAGAGCAACAUGCAGAACAGCCUUCUGGGAAUGAGUGCCAUUAGUGCCCACAGUGGAAACAUGACGGCUUAUGCUCUGAAUGGCCAGCCAUCCCCAGGGUUCCAGUCCCACCCCUCUGUCUACCAGCCUUCUCCUCAACAAGUCUUCACCCUGGCACAGACUGGUCAGCAGUGUUCUCCUGGUCUAUACAGCACUACCUCCUACAGUAACCAGAGCCCGUUCACCCAGCCCCGGCUCGCCCCUCACAACACCCAAGACCUGCAGCCAAAGUCCUUCCCCAAACCCAUCUACUCCUACAGCUGUCUGAUUGCUAUGGCUUUGAAGAACAGCAAGACAGGCAGUCUCCCAGUCAGUGAGAUCUACAGCUUUAUGAAGGAGCACUUUCCCUACUUCAAGACAGCACCAGAUGGCUGGAAGAACUCGGUUCGGCACAACCUGUCACUGAACAAGUGCUUUGAGAAGGUGGAGAAUAAGAUGAGUGGCUCCUCACGCAAGGGCUGCCUGUGGGCUCUGAACCCUGCCAAGAUUGACAAGAUGGAGGAGGAGAUGCAGAAGUGGAAGCGCAAGGACCUGCCAGCCAUCCGUCGCAGCAUGGCGAACCCAGACGAGUUGGACAAGCUGAUCACAGACCGACCAGAGAGCUGCAGACGGAAGCCCUGUGAUCCUGGAGCGACAAGGCUGCCCAGCGGUCCGACCGGCUUGAACCUCCCAGCCCAGCUGCAGCCCCAGCCCGUGAUGACCCUGUCUCUGCAGUGCCUCCCGCUACACCAUCACCAGCUCCAGGCUCAAACCAGGCUGACUCCUGGCUCACCUGCCCCUGCCCAGACACCUCCACUCCACACCGUUCCUGACCUCUCCCAGAGUCCCCUCGCCCAGCACCCCAACAAGCCACCGCCUGACUUUUAUAACCUGCACAAUGACGUGAAUGCUGAGGUUGACACGCUGGAUCCCAGCAUCAUGGACUUUGCUUUGCAAGGGAACCUUUGGGAGGAGAUGAAGGACGAAAGCUUCAACCUGGAAACGCUGGGCGCCUUUAACAAUUCUCCCCUGCGGCUGUCCGACUGUGAGCUGGGUGCACCGGGCCUGACGCCGGCAUCGAGCAGCAACAACCUGUCUUUCUCAGACCUGCAAGUGACAGGCCUGUACACCACUUACACCAGCCUGGACACCGUCUCCUCUCAGUACAUGAGCGCACAGGGCAGCAGCAAGCCCAUCGCACUGCUCUAA